UCUGAGCCACAUGCAAUGAACUUCUGCGCACUCUUCAUUUAAACGUGUGGCAGAGGCCAACUUUGAAUUCAACAUAAACUAUUUUCGACAAACUAUUACAUACAUUGGAUCAUUUUUUUCCAUUUCAAGGAAACAGUUUCUUACUUUAUGCUUUUUUGUGGCGUUGUGUGUGUGUGCUGAUGCUCCUCCGCUGUAAAGAAUUUUUACUUUGCCACUGUUUAUUAAUUGCGGAGUAAUUGUCUUGAAUGCGUAGCAAUAACGACCUAAAUGCAAAAGAAAACACGUAAUGCAAAAGUGUUAUGGUGAGUCGAAAGUCUGUUGGUAGCGGGAAAGUCCCGUCGAAUUGAUGACGUAAGAGGCGGCUGAACUCUGGAAAGUGCGGAGUGAUUUAAUGAAAUGUGAUCCGGUCGGGGCGUCUGGAGUUGGAGAAGUAAGCGACUUAAAAACUUUGUCUUCAAGUGUUCUUGCCUCUAAUAUCGCUUCACGAACAAUUUCUGGCUUCCUAUAAGGGAAGAUAUGGCUUUUUAAAGCGUGGCUACGUCUCCGUCGUCGUUCUAAACUCCGUGUGCUUUGCUUUAGCAACGCACUUGACACCACACAGAACUAUGGGGUCUUCAGGUGUUUCCAGGACAACUUCAUCCAUCAAUUGCACUAUACGGGCCAUUUCACAAUUUAAUCGCAGCAGACGAUACAAUGGCGGUAUCGAUCCUUCGCAAGAAAAUUCACCCCAUUUUUACAGGCGGACUUCACGUUCUCCCUCUCCGGCAGGCUAGCCCCAGCCAAUCGCGGCCCACGACGGGGGCGGAGCCAGUGGAAAGGCAGCACUUAAUUGGUGAGUUUUUCCAAGAUGCUUUUUUAUUUUUCCACAUCCCGAGGUCGGAGCCGCAGUGCAGCACGGGACUAAUGUCGUACAGUGAUGGUCACUCAGAUUGGAUGACGGAAAAAGUUGAUUUGUCUUCAUUCGUGUCAACCACCGAGUCGUCUCCCAGCUCAUCCCUUCCGCCCUCACCAUUAGAACAAGAUGUCAAGGUCCCCUCAGACCUGGAGGUCAUGACCUCUCUAUUGCAGGAGGAGCUAGCUCAGCUGGAGGACUACUUCCGCUCCGAGUCCACAGUCACGGCCAGCAAGUUGGAGAAAUCCUCGAAAUGUGACAAAGGUGCCCAAGCAAUGGGCUCACAGUCUUACUACCAGUUACCCUAUGGCUCGUAUGGGACCGGCCAAUCAGACACCAGCCCUGUGGUUGUUACCUUGGCAACAGGGGAACUGGACCUGGCCAGCUUCUGUAGCGGUCCUAUGGGCAGAUCCAAAAUUGCGCGACCUGCGCCAUACAACUACCACCACCGUUACCACCACAACAGUGGGCGAAGAAUCAUCAGCGAGGCGGUGAAAGUCGGGGAGGACGUCGGACUGGAUUCGUGGGGCACCCGGGGAAGUUACUCAGGAAGCGCAGAGUUUUCUGUGAACCACUACUCCACGUUGAAGACGGUGAGCAAGAACAGCCUCAGUGGCAUCAAAAAGGUGAGAGAAUGUGCUUUAUCGUUGAAGGAAGAGGAGAGCUAUUGUUUUUCCGAAGGAAUGUUUUGCAGCGAAGAGAUUGCGCGAAGUUUUUGCCUGGGUGGCUCCUACGACGGCCACCACAAGCGAGAGGGACAGCUGAUGCACAACGUGAAGGUCAAUGUAAGUUAUGACAGCGCCGGACUCGAGGUCCUGCACUGCAGCAAAGAUGGAGGACUGUCUGGAAGUAUUCCCCAAGAGACAAUGAUGGCUGCCGACAGCUACUUCCACCAAUCCAUGGCCAGCACGGAGCCAUAUCAUAGCUUUAUCGGUGAACUCGACCAGCCGUCGCAAGCUGUGGAGCCCCAACACGGCCACUACCUCUAUCCGGAAUGCCUUGCGGACCAAAGUUACGAAUGUCUGUCCAGGGGAGAGGGCGAAGGGACGCUCCUCGCCGCUCCCAUCCACCGCCCGACCCAAAGGCUAAAGGAUGAGCCGUGCUCCAUUAAAUCGACGCUUGUGGUCGGUACCGCUUCUUUGGAUUUGAACACUGGGGAGAGAAAGCAGAAGAAGAGAGACCAGAACAAAACUGCUGCUCACAGGUACAGGCUGCGGAAACGAGCAGAGUUGGAUUCUCUGGAAGAGGAGCUUCAUGGACUGGAAGGGCAGAACAGGGAACUUCGCGACAAGGCGGAAUCGGUGGAAAGAGAGAUUCAGUAUGUGAAAGAUUUACUCAUCGAGGUCUACAAGGCUCGCAGUCAGCGGCUCAAACAAGAUGGCAGUGCCUAAAAAGCGCCCACUCUGACUCCCUAACAAACCAAGAACACAGAUGGGUUUCAAGUCUUGUUCAAACGAACUGGUAGUUGCAUGGUUUUGGUAUUUUAAAAGAAAGUUGACUUUAAUAAUCUGCCCAGAGGAGAGCAGAAAAAAAAAACAAAGCUUCCAUCAAGAACGUGUCGGUGAACUCUACAAAGCCUUAGUGACGUGAUUUCCAGAGGAGAUGCUGAACUUGUCCGUGACCACUGUGACCCCAAUUGAACUCACAAGCCUUUGUGAUCACUUUGAGUUUUACGCUUGCGACUGAGAAAAAAAAAUAGUGAUAGUCAUUGAAUUUGUGUGUGGUUUUUGUGACACACACAUUGGUGGCAUCAGGGCAGAGCCGCACAAAAUUCUAUAAAUAUAUAUAUAUUAUAUUUUAUUUUUACUGAACAAUAUUCAUUUACCAUUUGCGUUAAGAUGAAGAGAAGGAUUGCUGAAAAGGUAUGUAAACAUGCUCUAAAAGUAUUCAUACUCAGAAUCAUUAAAGGGAUUUGUAUUGUUCAAUUAUUGUGUAUUUGCACUUCUUAACCCCACUGAAAUAACCAAUGCAUGUUUGAUUUUGGGAACAGCAUGUGUGAGUGUUAUUUGAAGGCAUUGUUCUGUUUACUGCAUGACUUCUGGCUCUCCCACCUCAUCUGGUCAAGAUUUUGUUCUCUUUUCGCUAGUGUGAUUCAUACUCAGGUUUUGGUUUUGGGGCUCAGAAAAACACUAAAUAAUUCAUUGUCCCAGUAAAAUUCCUCACCUUCUUCUUCUGCCUUUGGUUUUCUGGCUGUAUUUUGCGAAAAAAACAAUCACGCAACAAUAAACUCACGAUGAGUGUGACUGGACGGAAUUGUUGUUAUUGACCAAUUUGAUUUUCUGAGAAUACAGGUCCUUUUAUUGAUCAAUGCCGAUGUCAGGAAAUUAUGCAUCAGGUGAAUUACAGCCAAAUAAAGUGGUCAUGUCUCAUUCA